CCGGUACCCAACUUUGGUGUAACCGUUAUCGACGCCGCCGACACUGUAAGUAUCCCAGCGUCGCUGCUGCCGUCCUCAAGACCCGCUCCUCAACACAUCAGUCAAUAUGCCGCACUCCUUCGGUUACCGCGCGCGCACGCGCGACAUGUUCAAGCGCGGCUUCAAGCAGCACGGCCCUAUCAAACUCUCGACGUAUCUCAUCACCUACCGUGUCGGUGACAUCGUUGAUAUCAAGGCCAACGCCGCUCAGCAAAAGGGCAUGCCCCACAAGUACUACCACGGCCGGACUGGUAUCGUCUACAACGUCACCCCCCACGCCGUUGGCGUCAUCGUCUACAAGGUCGUCGGCAACCGCUACCUCGAGAAGCGCGUUAACCUCCGUGUCGAGCACGUGAGGCACUCGAAAUGCCGACAGGAGUUCCUCGACCGCGUCAAGCGGAACCACGACGCACACGUCAAGGCCAAGGAAACUGGCGAGCGCGUGAGCCUCAAGCGGCAACACGUCCUCCCACGGGAGGCCCGUACCGUCACCAUCGCCCAAAACGCACCGCAGACGAUGCGCCCUGUCCCAUACGAGACGACGAUUUAAAUGGGGUGGGUUACUUUACGUGCAUAUCGUAUGAGGCGUACCUAUAUGUUUGCGACUUUUCUACUGCUUUCAUGCCUCCAUGCAAUUAUCAUGACAACAUCCAUGUUGGCGAUACAUUAUUCGAGUUCGAGAUUAAGAUAGAACCCCAGGAGUUCCCGUUUUCCCAAGGCCAGCCAUCUGAAGGGACGCAGCUACUUGGCAGCGUUAGGUCGACUUUAUCACUUCGAUGUAUGAAAUUGUCCGUAUGAACGAG